AGAGGAGCCGAGAGAAUGAACCGCAGUCAAUCAGCUGGCACCAUGGAUGACAGCAGCCUGAGUGAUUCCAAUGUAAAGGUCGCCGUCCGGGUCCGACCAAUGAACAGGAGAGAAAAGGAUCUGAACACAAAAUGUGUGGUGGAGAUGGAGGGGAACCAGACAGUUUUGCAUCCAGGCUCCGUCAACAUGAAUAAAGGAGACCCCAGGAAUCAGCCAAAGGUGUUUGCGUAUGACUACUGCUUUUGGUCCAUGGAUGAAUCUGACAAAGAAAAGUUUGCAGGUCAGGACGUCGUGUUCCAGUGCCUUGGGGAGAGCCUGCUGGACAACGCCUUCAUGGGCUACAACGCCUGCAUCUUCGCUUACGGACAGACAGGCUCUGGGAAGUCGUACACCAUGAUGGGUUCAGUGGAGCAGCCCGGCCUGAUCCCUCGGCUCUGCAGCUCGCUGUUCAGCAGGACCCUGCAGGAGGCCAGGGAGGGAGAGAGCUUCACCGUGGAGGUCUCCUACAUGGAAAUCUAUAACGAGAAAGUGCGAGACCUGCUCGACCCCAAAGGGAGUCGACAAACACUGAGGGUGAGGGAGCACAAAGUGUUGGGGCCUUAUGUUGACGGCCUGUCCCGCCUGGCUGUGGCAAACUACGAGGACAUCGAGUCCCUGAUGUCGGAGGGAAACAAGUCGCGCACAGUGGCAUCCACAAACAUGAACGAAGAAAGCAGCAGAUCCCACGCCGUCUUCAACAUCAUCCUCACACACACACUCAUGGACAUACAGUCUGGGACCAGCGGUGAGAAGGUGAGCAAGCUGAGCCUGGUGGAUCUGGCUGGCAGCGAGCGGGCCGCCAAGACCGGAGCAGCUGGCGAGAGGCUGAAGGAGGGCAGCAACAUCAAUAAGUCUCUGAGCACUUUGGGUUUAGUUAUCUCGGCCUUGGCUGACCAAGGAGCGGGCAAGAACAAGAGCAAGUUUGUUCCCUACAGAGACUCUGUGCUCACUUGGCUGCUCAAGGACAGCCUGGGGGGGAACAGCCGCACGGCCAUGGUGGCCACCGUGAGCCCGGCGGCGGACAACUACGACGAGACGCUGUCCACGCUGCGCUACGCCGACCGGGCCAAGAGCAUCGUCAACCACGCCGUGGUGAACGAAGACCCCAACGCCAGGAUCAUCCGAGAGCUCCGGGAGGAGGUGGAGAAGCUACGGGAGCAGCUGACCGAGGCCGAGUCUAUGAAGGCUCCCGAGCUGAAGGAUCGCCUGGAGGAGUCUGAGAAACUGAUCCAGGAAAUGACCAUCACAUGGGAGGAGAAACUCAGGAAGACCGAGGCUAUUGCACAGGAGCGUCAGAGGCAGCUGGAGAGCCUCGGCAUUUCCCUGCAGUCGUCCGGCAUCAGAGUGGUGGAUGACAAGUGCUUCCUGGUCAACCUCAACGCGGACCCCGCCCUCAACGAACUGCUGGUCUAUUACCUCAAGGUUCACACACGUGUGGGCUCGGCCAAGUCCCAGGACAUCCAGCUGUGCGGCAUGGCCAUCCAGCCUGAGCACUGUGUCAUCAACAUCACGGAGCAGACGGGCGUGGUGCUCACUCCUCACCGCAACGCACGGACGUGUGUGAACGGCUCUGCCGUCACGAGCCCCAUCCAGCUUCAUCAUGGAGACCGAAUCCUGUGGGGGAACAACCACUUCUUCAGGAUCAACCUGCCCAGGCACAUGGCCCACGCAGGGGGUGAGGAGGAGGAGGGAGGCGCUGCGAUGAAGACCUCCCUGAGCACCGACCGGCUGGAGGUGGACUUUGACACGGCCAGCGACGUGUCGAGUGAGGUCAGCUUCGGCUACGAGUUCGCCCGAACCGAAGUCAUGAUGAAGGGCAUGGGCAACAACGACCCCAUGCAGUCGGUGCUGCAGACUCUGGAGCGGCAGCACGAGGAGGAGAAGCGCUGCGCCCUGGAGCGCCAGCGGCUGAUGUACGAACAGGAGCUGCAGCAGCUCCGCAGGCGGCUGCACCCCGAGAAAGCCUCCCCCCUCCUGGACGGCACACUCGUGCUGCACGCUGCCGCCACCACCACCCCGUCGCCCGGCACCCACAACCGCACACGCCGCUGGAGCGAAGACAGAGAAGCGAUGAUGACCCGCAGCCUGCGGCGUCUCAGGGAGCAGAUAGUGAAGGCCAACCUGCUGGUCCAGGAGGCCAGCUUCAUCGCUGAGGAGCUCAACAAGAGGACGGAGUACCUGGUCACGCUGCAGAUACCCGCCACCAACCUGGACGCCAACAGGAAGCGUGACGUGGUGCUGAGCGAGCCAGCGGUUCAGGUUCGUCGUAAAGGGAAAGGGAAGCAGAUCUGGGCCCUGGAGAAGAUGGAGAACAGGCUGGUGGACAUGAGGGAGCUCUACCAGGAGUGGAAGGACUUUGAUGAGGACAAUCCUGUGAUGCGCUCCUAUUUCAAGCGCGCCGACCCGUUCUUCGACGAGCAGGAGAACCACAGUCUGAUCGGCGUGGCCAACGUCUUCCUGGCCUGUCUGUUCUACGACGUCAAGCUGCAGUACGCAGUGCCCAUCAUCAACCAGAGGGGAGAGGUGGCAGGUCGGCUACAUGUAGAGGUGUGGCGAGGUACAGAGGGUUCGGAGGACGAAGGUUCAAGCCGGUCAGACCUGCAGCAGAACAGCGCCGAUGGAGAAACCCCGGAGCGUAAGAUGCACUGCAUGGUGAAAAUCCUCCAGGCCACCGGUCUGCCUCGCCACCUGUCCAACUUUGUCUUCUGCCAGUACCACUUCUGGGGCCAGGACGAGCAAGUGUUCAUCGCCCCGGAGGUGGAGGCCUCCAGCUCGUCCUCCACCUCCAGAGACCCCCAGUGCACCGUGGUGUUCGACAGCACAAAGGAGUUGGCGGUGGCGGUGUCAGAGGACUUUGUGGAGUUUUUGUCCGAGGGGGCCGUGGCAAUUGAGGUUUACGGCCACAAACAGGCCAACCACCGCAGGAACCUGGCGCUGUGGGACCUCGGCGUGAUCCAGGCCAAGACUCGAACCCUCAGAGAGAGGUGGAGCGAGGUGACCCGCAGGCUGGAGUUAUGGGUGCAGCUGCUGGAGCUGAACGAGGUGGGCGAGUUCACGCCGGUCGAAGUGCUUCCUGCCAAAGAUGUACGCACCGGAGGAAUCUUCCAGCUCAGACAGGGUCAGUCCCGGCGGGUCCAGGUGGAGGUGCGCUCGGUGCAGGACUCGGGCACCAUGCCUCUCAUCACCGCCUCCAUCCUCUCUGUGUCCAUUGGUGACAUCAAGAUCCGACAGGCGCGCCCCUCCAGAGGCAGCGAAUCACAGUGGUGGGAUGAGGAGAUGGACAGCUACCAAGAGGUGGACCUGGAGAGGAUGAGGGAACAGUGGCUGGCAACGCUCACAAAGAGACAGGAAUACCUGGACCAGCACCUACAGAAGAUUGUCUCCAAGCCAGAUAAGUCAGAGGACGACGUUGAGCGGGAGUCCCAGCUGUUGGAGUGUCGCCUGACCCUCACUGAGGAACGCAACGCCGUGCUGGUGCCUUCAGCUGGCAGCGGCAUCCCCGGAGCUCCAGCUGAGAGGGUUCCCGUCCCUGGAAUGGAAACACACGUUCCCGUCCUGUUUCUGGACCUCAGCGCGGAUGAUUUCCAAGCCAAUCUCUCAGCUCCCUUGGCAGGGGGGCUGGACGCCUUACUGAGUGAGGAGGAUGAAGAUGAGUUCUUCGACCUUCAAAUUGUCAAACACCACGAUCCCGAGGUGAAGGUGGAGGUGUCCUGGGACUCAACAGUCCACGAGUGUCCCCAGCUGAGCCGCGGGGCGUUGGCAGACCAGAGGGUCUACCUGACGGUCCGCACCGUGGUCCUGCUCAGCCACCCGGCCCACAUGCAGCUGGUCCUCAGGAAACGCAUCUGCGUCAACCUCACCGGGCGACAGGGCUUUGCCCAGAGCCUGUUGAAGAGGAUGUCCCAGCGCAGCACCAUCCCCGGCUGUGGAGUGACAUUCGAGAUCGUCUCCAACAUCCCUGGGGACAUCCAGGGUCCAGAGGACAGGGAGAUGCUGGCCCGGUUGGCUGCGAGCGCAGAGAACGACCAGUCGGCCGACAGCGAGGCGGCCAUAGAGAAAUACCUGCGCAGCGUCCUGGCUGUAGAGAACAUCCUCACCCUCGACCGACUCAGACAGGAGGUGGCAGUGAAGGAGCAGCUCGCAGUCAAAGGGAAAUCCUCCAGGCGCUGCCUCAGCUCUCCUAACAUCAACCGACUGUCAGCCAGUAGUCUGGAUCUGUACUCCUCCUCCCAAAAGCUCAGUGACUUCAAGGGCUGGGAGAGCCACCAGGACCUUUCUGUGGUGUCUCCUGUGUCCAGACGCACGCUGCCCAGCUCCGUGUCUCAGAACCUGCACCCCGAGACCAUGAAGGCCGUGCCCAAGCUGCUCAAGUCGCUGCUUCCUGGUGGGAAGGAAGAUAGGAGAGAGCAGACACCUGUCAGUCAGCAGAAUUUGCCUCGCAUCAUGGUGCAGUCCGCCAGUGUUGAAGAUGACAUGAGCGCCAAACAGCAGGCAGUUCCCACUGAGGAAAUCAUCCUUCCAGAGAUGCAAAAAGAGAGCCCCAGAUCCAUGGUUCUCCCUCCGCCAAUUAUCCCAGAUACAGAAGACCCCAGCCACAGCCCAGUGAGCGAAGCAUCAAGCGGAUACAUGUCCACCAGUAUAUCUACAACAACGCUGUCAGAGGUGUACACGCUGAGCUGGGAUCUCCCUCCAUCGUCCAGUAGCAGAGGUGAAGGGUUUGAGGAAAUGCCAGAUGAAGAGGGAGAGGAGAUUAAAGUGACACAGGGAAUUACGCCUCUCUCCAUCACUACACAGCUUGACACUGGUCUUGAAUCUGUCCCUGCAGACCAGUCAGAGCCCCAGGAGUCAUCACAUAGUUUCAGUGGUAAGGGGCUUGCAGAGAAGACUGACCCUGACCUGACAGAAACUCCCCUACCUUCCAAACUGGAAAGCACUCCAUCAGACUCUCAAACUGUAGCAGAGCUACAGACUCAGCCUUGUACAGCGGCACUAGAACAACCGAAACCAAACCACUUCACUGACAAAAGAAAGAACAAGUCAGAUCAGUCCUCACCAAGCCAGCAAGAAUCAAACCAGUCAGCACCAGGCCAGUUGGAGCUAGAACAACCUGAUCAAGCUGAAGUAUCAGAAUUACCAGGCAAGGCCAAACAAAAGCUUGAGUCAGCACUUGACCUCUUUGGAUCAGAACAAUCAUCGGAGGCACUUCAGGAGUCCUUAUUAGUACCAGAGAGUGAAAUAAAGCAGCCAGUACCAACAGAGUCACCACCCCCAGACCAUUUAAAACCAGAAACCCCUCUGACAGAACAAAUGGAACAGGUUACAGGAAAUACAGAAUCAGAACUAACACUACUCCAUGCCCAACCAUCUGCAGAUGCAGGCCAAGGCGAAAAGAUAGAUCUUCCACAACCACAGCAGCCAAAACAAGAUCAGUCAGCAUCCACAGUCCAGCUGGAACUGGUAGCCAAGGAUCCAGUGCCAGCCCCAGCUCCAAACCCAACCCCAAUCCCAGUUCUCUCUGAAGACCCACGUCCUGCUGCUGCCCCAUCUAUAGACUUGGCUCCUGUUGAUUCAUCCCAGGAACCAUCUCCUUCUGAGACCUUGGACCUAAACGUCUCCUCCACCCCAGCUCCAUCCUCAACCACUGCAGCAGUCCCACCUCAGAGUCCUGUCUGUGCCUCUGCCAAUGCUGCCCCUACUCCAGCUCCUCCUCUGCUUAAACCUUCCCUACUCAGUGUCUCAGCAUCCAACCCUUUCAAGAUCCAGAAAGUGAAGACGUCCGACCUCAAGUCCUUUGAUCGCAUCCUGAACCAGGAGGAAGGGAAUCUAGAGGAGGUGGGCAGGGCCAGCAGCCUUGGGGCCGGACUCAACCUCUCUGUGCCAAUGGAGAGGCUGGAAAUUAUCUCAGACUCUGAAGAAGGAGACGGGGCAGCUUCAAACAUUUUCCCUGAUUGGUUGAAAGAAGGGGAGUUUGUUACUGUCGGUGCCAAUAAGUGUGGCACCGUACGUUAUGUGGGACCCACGGAUUUUGCAGAGGGCACCUGGGUGGGAGUAGAACUGGAGGUACCAGCAGGAAAGAAUGAUGGGUCGGUGGGCGGCAAGCACUACUUCCACUGUAACCCAGGUUAUGGGGUCCUGGUGCGGCCUGACAGGGUGAGCAGAGGCGGAACCAAACGCCGUCGCCAGCAGCAACAGCACAAACGCCGCAGCGCCAACUUAUCGGGGUCCAGCCCAAAUCUGGCAGCCCUCACCGCACUGGCCAAAGGCGAGGGUGGCGCAGCAGCAUCCAGCCGCAGUAAAGGAGAGAACCGCAAAUCCUGGAACAAUUGAGAGAUGGUUGUCUUGCUAUCUGCUCAACUCCCUUCCUGCACAGAUAAAAGGCUAAUUGCUCUCCACCCACUCAGCUGUCACCCAUGCUCCACAGCUGGCUGGUGUGAUUAUAGGGAGAACUUUCAGCCAGAGUGGCAAUAUACUGGCUUAUUUGGGCAGAUUUACUGUAGGCUUUGCUGUAUCUGGUCCUCCAAGAUGUUUCACAAGAUAAAUCACACCCUCUCUCUGUGGGAAAAGGAUUUGUUUACUAAAAAAAAAAAAAAAAAAAAAAAAAAAAAAGAGCCAGUCUGGGACAC